AUCCAAAAAUCUCAACCAAGAAUGGCGGACUGGAUUGUGACUCCCACUGUUGAGAUUAUCAAGUGUUUUGUAUCUCCAAUUAAGCUUCAUGUUGGGUACUUUGUUCAACAUGAGAAAAAGUUUGGAAAACUUAAGACCAAAGUCCAAAAUUUGAGUGUAUUAAGAUCAGAUUUGCAACUUAAAGUUGAUGCAGCCAAGAGAAAUCUUGAAACUGUUUAUCAACUUGUAGAGGAUUGGUUUGCACAAGUGGAUGCGGAAGUUGCACGCUAUGAAACACUAGAGGCGUUAGUGAAUGGUCAAGAUCUUGAUCAAAUCAAAAAUAUUAGUCGUCGCUAUGGCGUUGGAAAAAUGAUAAGAGAAAAAACAAAAAUCAUUGAUUUACUUAUUCACCAAGGAAGGAAUUUUUCAAGUGUUUCUCCAGGUGCAGGUUCACUUCAUGGUGUAGAUUUUCUUCCGAAAGAUCCAGAUUUUGAGUCAUUUCCAUCAAGACAGUCUGUUACGGAUGAACUCAUGAAAGCGCUGAGCAAUGACGAUAUUACGUUGUUUGGGGUAUAUGGAAUGGGUGGAAUUGGAAAGACUAUGUUGAUUAAUCAAAUUUGUAACCAAGUUAAAGAUGAUAGACUUUUUGAGGUGGUCGUAAUAGUAACUGUGUCUCAGAAUGUGGAAUUGAAAAAGAUACAAGCUAAAAUAGCCGAUGUGUUAGAGUUCGAAGCGAUUAAACAAAUCGAGGAUGUAACCACAAGAGCAUCGGUUUUAUCAGCACGGUUGAUGAGGGAACAAAGCGUACUCAUUGUCUUAGAUGAUCUGUGGACAGAGGAUUUCAACUUACACCAUGUGGGCAUACCUUAUGGACAAAACAAAGGCUGCAAGGUUGUUGCCACUACAAGAAUCCUUAAAAACUUUUGUGGUUCUCAUAAAUUUCAAGAGAGCUUUGAGGUGAAGACCAUAAAAGAGGAUGAAUCAUGGGAUUUGUUCAUGAAGAACGUUGGCGAUGUUCCAUAUUCUGCUGUGGCCAGGGAGAUCGUCAAGGAGUGCAAUGGUUUGCCAAUAGCACUUGUUGUGCUUGGCAGGGCAUUGAGAAACAAAGACACUCUAGUAUGGGAAGAUACCGCUCUUCAACUAAAGGAUUCUCACAUCGAAGAAAUCGAAGGUAUGAAUUCCAAAGUUUUCUGCUCAAUAAAAUUGAGUUAUGAUUUCCUCAAGAAUGAUAUAGAGAAAAGAUGUUUCCUGCUUUGUUGCUUAUUCCCAGAAGAUUAUAAAAUAGCUGUGACUAAUGAAUUGAUGAUGUACUUUAUCUGCGACACUCAUUUGCGUGGAUCGACUAAUCUAAAGAAAGUCAGGGGCAGAUUGCACACAGUAUUGCAAUUACUUACUGAUUCAUGUUUAUUAUUGCGCGAUGAGAAAAAGUCUCUUGUGUGGAUGCAUGAUAUUAUUCGUGAUGUGGCGAUCUCAAUUGCAUCGAAAAAGGACCAUGGUUUUUUUGUAGAAGCUGGAAAGGGGUUAACUGAGUGGCCAUCCAGAAAUGCUCAGUUCGCACGACUAUCGCUAAUGAGAAAUUCAAUCAGCGGACUUCCUGACCAACCUGAAGUUCCUCAUCUAGUAAGCCUGUCUUUGGAAGGAAAUAAGACAUUGAAGGACAUUCCAGAUCGUUUCUUUCAAGGUAUGAAGCAAAUGGAAACUCUUGAUUUGCGCUCAAUUGGUAUAUCUAAGUUACCAUCUUCGCUUUCAUCACUUGUAAGUCUCCGCACACUUUAUCUAGAACAUUGUGUUUUUGAUCCUUCAACUGAUAUAUCUCUAGUUGGGCAUUUAAAGAAACUUGUAAUUCUUAGUCUACAAGAUUGUAAUUUGGAACACCUGCCACAUAAAAUAGUCGAGUUAACUGGUUUGAAGUCGUUAAAUUUGUCGCACAACAAGUCUCUGCAAGUUCCACCGAAUGUUAUCUCGAGGUUGUCUCAGUUGGAAGAGUUAUACAUGAAGGAAAGCUUCAGCGGAUGGGAAAUCGAAGGCUGGCAAAGUGAAAUGAAAGCUAGUUUAGAUGAGCUAAUAUUUUUAUUAAAGAAAGGUACAUUAACUACUCUCCACUUCAGUUUAGAUAAGAGUCGUAGUGAGCUUCAUUCCGAGGAGGAUGGAUUAAGUAGAAUCCGUUUGGAUGUAACUUUUGGCCAGAGAACAGGGUUAGACUAUAGGGCUUGUCACAAUUUCCUUGAUCUUAUGGUUUCGCCUCCAAUUUGUCAAAUCAUUAUGGUGUUGUUGGAAAGAGUGGAAACGCUAAAAGUAAAAAAGAGCAACCAUCUGAAGAGCAUGGCACAAAUUGUUCCAACUCAUGUUGGACUCAAAAAUAUGAAGUCUCUUGGUAUCGAAGAAUGCAAUGGCAUGGAAUUUCUGAUGAGGGUACAGGAAGCAGCGGUUGCAAGAAACACUUUCAGCGCUUUUGAAGAUUUAGUCAUUCGUUCAAUGGAUAAUUUGAAGAAACUAUUUGAUGGACCUAUACCAAUAGGAUUCAUUGACAAAUUAAAACAACUGACCGUAAACAAGUGCAACAAUAUGGUCAAUAUUUUCGACUCAAAUUUGUUCAAACGGGUAUCGAAUUUAGAAGAAAUUAGAAUAGAAGGUUGUAAUAUGCUAAGGGAAAUAUUUAACUUAGAAGAAGCAGCUGAAUCUAUUUCUGGAGAGGGAGGUAAUAAUGUCACUAUAUUUUUCAAACUAAGAAAGAUAGAUUUGCAAUGCUUGCCAUCUCUGGAAAUUAUAUGGAAAGGAGUCAUUCCAGAUGGAGCUGGAUUUGACAAUCUUCUAAUACUAGAGCUUUAUGGUUGUGACAGAAUUAAUCAUCUAUUCUCUCCAGACAUUGCUCCACAGCUUCGACAGCUAGAGGAACUCAACAUUCAGUAUUGUCAAAGUAUGGUUACACUAAUUGCACCAGAGGAAGGCGUGGUAGGAUCCUCAUCGACUGCUUUAACUCCUGAAUUAGGGUUCUUUCCUAAGCUUAAAAAGCUAAUCAUUGAAACCUGUGAGAAUUUUGAGCAAUUAUGGGUUGCUAGAAAUCUUGCAAAUUCUGAUAAGAAUCCAGUUCUACUUCCGGAAUUGAUUAAGCUAGAACUCAAGGAUUUGCCCGAGCUUAGUGAUUUGCAUCAAGGGUCAACCAGUCUGGAAUGCCCUUGUUUACAACAUUUGGAAGUAGUUGAUUGUGAAAAUUUGAAGAGGAUUUGUUUGUCGCAUCAAAGAACACCAAAGCUAGAAAAGAUUGUGGGGAAUGACGAGACGUGGUUUGAAAACAUUGAAUGGGAAAGUCCAGAUGACAAACAACAUAUGCAUCAUCUUUUCUCAGCAUUAUGGUGAAUUAAGAAUAAAAUGAUGAAGAAGAAGCAUUAUGAAGGAAAGGGUGAGAUUUAGGUGGUGGUCAAAGAGGUGACUUUAAAGUAUAGAUAGGAAGUGAAUGUAAUGAGAAACGCGGCCUUUUUUUUUCAAGAUCAGAUGUAAACUUUGGACUAGUGAAACCAAGGUUUGCCAUUUUUGUUCGGUGGUUUUCAUAUCUUUAUGUGAUGGGCCGGAUAAGUUUAGCUUGCAACCUCCAAGUUUCGACUUCCCGAUACGCCAUUAUAAUUGUGUAAUCCGGCUGUACAAU